AACCUCACUUUUCAACUUGUGGCUUUUCGCAUUGCACUGUUUUUUACACCACACGGCAAGAAAAUCCUGCUAAAAAAAAUGGGAAAAAGGAAUAAAAACAGGAAAAACAACACAAAUCCCUUUGCACAAAAGAAGAGAGAUAAGAAAAAUAAUCAGAAGCCAGAUCGCCGGUCUGAGCCCUACGUGGAAAUCCUGCGGGAGAAUGCAUCCUUCUCUAAGUACUACAAGCAACAAAAGAUUGUCCCCGAAGGUGAAUGGGAGACUUUUAUGAAGUCCCUGCAAUCGAAUCUUCCAACAGCAUUUCGUGUCACGGGCUAUCGUGGUGAGUCUGAGACACUUCUGGACAUCAUUAAGAGUGAAUACUUCACGGAGUACUUUAAGCAAGUCACUGAGGAUGGGGGCGAGAUGACAAUUCAGAAACCAUUCCCCCUUCCAUGGUAUCCUGGAGAGUUGGCGUGGCAGCUGCAGCUUUCGCGGAAGGAUAUUCGUCGAUCGGAAAUCUUCUAUAAGCUCCACAAUUUUCUCAUUGCUGAAACAAAUGCAGGGGGGAUUAGUCGGCAGGAGACGGUGUCUAUGAUCCCACCGAUUGUGCUGGAUGUGAAGCCACAUCAUAGAGUGCUGGACAUGUGUGCGGCUCCGGGAUCAAAGACGGCCCAAUUGAUUGAGGCUCUGCACGCUGAGAUGGAGGAGAAGAAGGAGCUCCCCAGUGGAUUUGUGAUUGCCAAUGAUAUUGACAAUAGCCGCUGCUAUAUGCUCGUCCAUCAAGCCAAGAGACUCAAUUCCCCAUGCUUCCUGGUUACAAAUGAGGACAGUGAGAGAUUUCCGGAUCUUCUGUGUACAAACAAGGAAUCCGGAAAGGUGGAAAAUAUGCAAUUUGAUCGGAUUCUCUGCGAUGUUCCCUGCAGUGGUGAUGCCACAUUGCGGAAGAAUCCAGAUAUCUGGACAAAGUGGAAUCCCGCCCAUGGAACAAAUCUCAAUGGCGUUCAAUUUCGAAUAGCAAAGCGAGGAGCUGAAUUGUUGACCAUUGGUGGGCGAAUGGUGUACUCCACAUGCUCAUUCAAUCCCGUGGAGAAUGAGGCUGUGAUUGUGCGUCUCCUGAAGGAAUCCGCAGGUGCUCUGGAGCUCAUUGAUGCCUCAAAUCUUGUGCCAGGAUUGAAAUUUGAUCCAGGAAUGCGUGAAUGGGAGCUUGCAACGAAGGAAAUGGAUUUCUACAGGAAUUUCACGGAAGUUCCCGAGAAGUAUCACACAAUCCUCCGUCCACAGAUGUUCCCCCCUGAGGAUGUGGAGCAAUUCCAUUUGGAGCGUUGUAUGCGGAUUUUGCCGCAUCAUCAGGACACUGGGGGUUUCUUUGUGGCUGUACUUGUGAAGACAAGGCCUAUGCCGUGGGAGAAGACGCAAACGGAGGCGAGGGAGUCCCCAAAGGGUCCGCAGAAGAAGAAACGACGCCUCGGUGGGUACAAAGAGGAGCCUUUUGUCUUCUUCCACGGCGAUGAGGAUGUUUUUGAGUCAAUUAAAUCCUUCUACACUCUCCGGGAGGAUUUCAAUCCAACAUGCCUCCUGACGCGUUGCUUCACGGGGAAGAAGAAGAACAUCUACUUCGCCUCCGAAGCCAUUCGGGAUGUUGUGCAACUCAGUGGGGAUGCCCUGAAGAUUAUCAAUACGGGUGUGAAGGUAUUCGUGCGGUGUGACAAUAAGAACAUGUCGUGCGCCUUCCGUCUUGCCCAAGAGGGGCUACCGAGUGUCAAUGAGUUCGUUGGGAAUGGCAGGAGGGUGCUGCUGGAGCGCAGUGACCUCGUAACUUUGCUGCAGAAUAUCGAUCCGACUAAGCCACCGCGUCUGGAGGAACUCUCGGAGGCAGCACGUGAGAGAAUAGCCGGAGUAACGCCCGGAAGUUGUAUUCUGGAGUAUCGGGAGGAAAGGUUGCAGCUGAGCCUUGUUGGGUGGCGCGGGACAACGAGUCUCAGGGCGUAUGUGGAUCAGAGUGAGACGGUGCACAUGUUGAGACUCCUCCGGGCUGAUGUGUCCAAGUAUGAGGUUAAUAAAUUCCGGAAAGCCGAAGAGGAGGCUGCCAAGGAGUUGGUGGUGGAAGAGGAAGAUGAAAAGGACGGGAAGGACGAGAAGGAAGAAGAGAAGGAGGAAGUUGUUGAGAAGGAAGCAGAGGAGGCCAAGAUGGAGUAGAAGAUACGGAAAAGUUCCUUUUCCACACAGAAAAUUGAAACCUCAAUUAGAUGAAUUUUCCAAUAAUUGCAUAAAAUAAUUUUCCUUCAUAACAGACGACGAUUUUUCGGUUUAAACGAAAAAUAAGGGUAAGUUGGAUUUUUUUUACUCUUUAUUGCACAUUCUUUGAGAAGUACAUAAGUUUUAUUAAAAGUUUUGUUUUUUUCAUUAUAAAUUUACCAUAUUAUAGAAAAUAAAAAGAUUAUAGUGAAUGUAAA